GCGCGCGAGACAGCAGAGACAGAGGAGGAAUCCGCGCGCGUGGAGCGGACCUAGCGCGAGUUUGGAGGACAGGAGCGGGAUGAGAGCGGGGGUGUGAGAGCUCAGCUCAACUCUGAUGUGGGACGACUUCAUGACCAGAACAGAAGACCGAAAGUGACUGCUGCGGCAAAUUAUGGGAUUCCAUGAAAAGACCAUAAUGCGCUGGACGAGAGCCAGCCGUGUCAGACUCUCCCCUCCCACUUGAAUCCAAAUAAUCCUGACCUUCACCUUCCACAACCGGAGCUCUUCUCAGCCCUUCACUCUGUGUCUUUUGUCUGCUGGAAGAGCGACGCACACAAACUGCAGUGCUGGCAAGCCAAGGUGGUGGUAAGAAGGACUUGCACACCUUCCAGGGAGCUGGGAUGGGACUCAGUGGGGCUGUAGACGUGAACAGAAACCUCCAUGAUGCUCCGUCUAAACGUCAGCCCUGGACAGCCCUGAAGCUUUUUGUUUAAAAUCUCUGUGGUGUUACAGAGGCAGCCGCGAGCUGCCAGAUCUAACACGACCCAUGGAGGCUUGGCCUCAACUUCUCCAUCACUGCGGCCACUGGUAAUGCCAGCCAAGUGAACAGCGAUGCCGUCCAAGGUCUCAUGCCUGUACUUGCUGACAGUGGUUUGCUGGGCUAGCGCCCUGUGGUACCUCAGUGUGUCCCGCCCCUCAUCCUCAUAUGUCAGCCAGAUGGCCUUUCCAGUACGCAAGACGCCCAAAGAGAACAAGAACGCAACUUUAAGCAACAUCCGCACACGUUCUCUGAACCCGCACGACUUCGGCUACCUCAUCAACGAAGACAAGAAGUGCGAGACGGAGGCGCCGUUCCUGGUCAUCCUGAUCAGCACCACCCACAAGGAAUUUGACGCACGGCAGGCAAUAAGAGAAACGUGGGGGGAUGAGAGCACCUUUCCAGAGGUGCGAGUGGUCGCCCUUUUCUUGUUGGGGCGCAGCAUGGACGCUGUCCUGAACCAGAUGGUGGAGCAGGAGAGUCAGAUCUUUCAUGAUGUAGUCGUGGAGGACUUUAUUGACUCGUACCACAACCUGACGCUAAAGACCCUGAUGGGUAUGCGCUGGGUGGCUACCUACUGCACCAAGGCCCAAUAUGUACUCAAGACGGACAGUGACAUCUUUGUCAACAUGGAGAACCUCAUCUACAACCUUCUGAAGCCCACCACCAAGCCUAGGAGAAGGUAUUUUACAGGUUACGUCAUCAACGGGGGGCCGAUCAGAGACAUACGCAGCAAGUGGUACAUGCCCCGGGAUCUUUAUCCCGACAGCAAAUACCCACCCUUCUGCUCCGGCACCGGGUACGUCUUCUCAGCAGAUGUAGCUGAGCUCAUAUACAAGAUCUCUUUGCACACCAGGCUCCUCCACCUGGAGGACGUGUAUGUUGGAGUUUGCCUCCGUAAGCUGGGCAUCCACCCCUUUCAGAACAGUGGGUUCAACCACUGGAAGAUGGCCUACAGCCUAUGUCGAUACCGACGCGUGGUCACCGUCCACCAGAUCUCCCCUGAGGAGAUGCACCGCAUCUGGAAUGACAUGACCAGCAAAAAGCACCUUAAAUGUUAGCAGAUCUGGUAGCACAUCCACCUGCGAGGCGGAAAAGAGGAGGAGGUAGAAUCCCUCUGACUGUACGUCUCUUCAUCUAGAGGGUAUAUAUUGGAUUGGUUCAGUUCAGGACCUGUACUGAUGAAGCCUUCUUGCUGCCAAUGCUUGGCCAGAAAUCUGUGAAAAGCCAAAGCAAACAACUUGAAGUGACCCGGACCAGAAAACGUCAAGGUGUUUGUAUCUCAAAGUUAAAUCAAAGCUGGAGUUUUAACAAAACAUGCAGGACAAGGCGGUUGCUCAUCUUUUCCAGCAGCGUUUUUAUCUCAACAAGCCUGUUUGAAAAAAAAUGUCAAACAUUGAUAAACAAGGAUAUACAUACCAACACACUUUCACAAUAUCUCUAAAUAUGAAUGUUCUUAACGUUUUUUGUGUUCCAAAUUGAGGUGAACAUGUCGAACUCUGCAGUAGGCAUUCUAGAGGCAGUGGUAUCAGCAGGGUUCCUCUCAGAGUUAUUUUUUUUCUUAUGGCAGAUCACAGGUCUUUUUACCAAGAACAGAAACGUGUUGAAAGAAACAUUUUCAAACAAAGAGAUCAGUCGAUCCUUCAUUCCCAUGAGAAUGUUAACUCCUUUUAAUGUGUAAAGUGCGGUCUCAGGCAUUGCUGUAAGCAGCUGGCAGACUGAUCUAUUUUCUAUUACUUGAACAUGGAGCGGAGCAGAGACGAAGGAGGUACUAAAAACAAUCCUUUGAGGUUUUUUUUUUCAUUAUUUGGGUUAAAAUAAACUGCUUUUUAAAAAAGAAA